UGGCAAAACCAUGCAGGUGUCUGGGCCGAGUACUACGGCAAGCUGAUUGGACGCCUCCAGACGCUGCAGCACGGAGUGUCCGGCACUGUGUACGCGGCCAGUGAGGACAGCUUCUACCUGGUGGACUUUACGUACGACGGCAACGGACCAGACGCAUUCUUCUGGGCCGGCAGCAGUCCCGAGCCAGACAGCGCUGGCGAGAUCCUGCCCGAUGAGAAUGGCAGGCGGCAGCCGCUCAGGGGCUACAACCACGAGAACUUGCUCCUCAAGCUGGACAAGCCGAUCCGAAACUACCACUACCUGGCCGUGUACUGCCGGCGAUACUCGGCGAACUUCGGUUGGGUGAGGAUCCCGCACGAUUUCGAGCCGCCCUCGCCUCAGGACCUGGGAUUCCUGAGCGGCGCCCACGGGGUUGCCGCUGAUCCAGUACUCCUGCUUGAUGCCAGGACCGUGCAGCUGACCAACUUCCACUACGACGGAGCGGCACCUGAUGCCCACUUCCUGGUAGGUAGGGGCGACGUGUCCGGCACCAACGGCGUCAUCAUUGCCAACGAAAAGGGCAGCUUCGACAAGCUGGGUCGCUACUCCGGCGAGAACGUGACGCUGUCGCUGCGUCACGGAGCCAGCUGGGACCAGUACGAGUGGCUGUCCGUCUACUGCAUCAAGGCUUCCCAGGAUUUCGCCCAUAUUCGGCUGCCGGACAAGCUCACCGUGCCAGUCGCCCAAGAGGUGCGCCGGUACCUUGGCCAACCGCUGGGAAACCUGGACACGGGUGUCCACGGCGUUGGCGGCAAGGUUUACGUGGCCUCGGCAGACACGCUGGUACUGCAACACUUCAGCUACGAUGGCACGGGCCCAGAUGCCCACUUCCUCAUUGGCACCACGGACAAGCCAGAUGGAUCGGGCACAAUUAUUCCAGUCGACAGUGCCAAACCUCUGACGGCGUAUAACAAGAACACCGUCGUGCUCAAGCUGCCAGCAGGAAAGAAAAUUACAGACUUUAAGUGGUUCAGCGUUUACUGCAAAAAAGCCCAGACCAGCUUCGCUCACGUGGAUAUCCCGAGUGACCUGGACUAUCCGCGACCAGCCACUGUCGCGCUCAACAUCAGCGGCGCACACAACACGCGCGCCGAUGCGGUCGUCGUCGAGGACAAGAAGACGCUGCUGCUCGAGAAUUUCAGUUACGACGGCUCGGCACCAGAUGCAUUCUUCCUCGUCGGAAAGGGAAAGCGGCCGACACCCGACGGCACCAAGAUCCCCGACGAGCAUGGAAGGGUGCGAAAGCUGACGGGCUAUGUGAACGCUAAUGUGCGCCUUACUCUGCCUGGAAACCUGACGGUGGACGAUAUAGACUGGUUCUCUGUCUACUGUAUCACCUACACCGAGGUUUUCAUCAAGGCUGACAUUCCCAAAGCGCUCAACGUUCCUCCCAGCAUAGAACUGCUCAUGAAGGAGGCGCAGCAAGGACCGGGUGAUUUUACCAACUGCGAGGCCAUUAUCUCCAACCGAAUACAAGUGGGUUGGCACCUGGAGACAGACACCAUCACAUUUCACGUGCGUGCCCAAACGAUGCCAGGCCAAUGGACAGCCUUCGGCACGAGCGGUGUCAAGGACAGGAGUGCCAUGGUUGGCGCCGACGUGGCCGUGAUCUUUGUCCGCCGCGACAGCCGCGUCUCCGUCGCCGACUAUUACCUUUCGUCCAAAGCACAGUGCUCAAGUAGCGGCGGAGUUUGUCCGGACAACAAAGUUGGCGGUACCGAGGACCUGCAGCUCGUCUCGGCCCGUUACGACAACGGCGUUGUUGACGUCAUUUACUCCCGAAAAUUGGCGACAGCGGACAGCAAUGACAAGACCAUCGCAACCACGGGCCGAGUGGCGGUGGUUGCUGCUCAGGGUCCCACCAACAUGGACCAGCCGGACACUGUACUCUACCACACCAUGGUGGUUACGAGAGAUGACGUGUUCCUGCAGUUCAACAGGAAUGCCGAGCGCAACUGUCCACCGCUGGCCCCCGUGUUGCCAGCGCCACCUGAGGGCCGGGCCGUGUUUGGCGGACGCAACAUCUGGAAGAACUUGAACGUCACCACAUUCCGCGCCCAGAUCGGGCCGACAGGUGGCAGCCGUGGCUACGAGAAGGUCACCGGCCAAUCCGGCUGGGGCAUCUCGUGGUGGAUCAACGAGGAGCUCAUACCGGUGCUGCACGUGGAGCGAGGCAAGACGUACACGUUCGUCGUCGAGGGCGGCGUGGACCCGAGCAACUCGGCUCGCUACCACCCCUUCUACAUCACCGACAGCAGCAAGGGCGGAGGCUCCAAGGAGGAUCAGGCCGUCCUCGGAAAGAAGGGCCAUCUAUUGCUUGCUGGAGUUGUCUUGGACUCUCGAAACAAAGUUGACGUCUCCAAAGGCACGGGCCGCUAUUGCGAGUGGAAACACAAGACGGUGGACAUGAGCGACGAAUCGAAGACCUGGGAGAACUUCAAGCAGACGUUGAGGCUGCAGUGUGACAGUGGUCAGCCUGGAACGUUUACAUGGACUCCGGACAAGGAUACCCCCAAACUUGUCUACUACCAGUGCUUCACCCACUACUAUCUGGGCUGGAAGAUCGUGGUCACUGACCCGGAAGAAACGGAAGAAGAGAUGGACCCGAUGGAAAGCGGCGCCAGCCAAGUGCUGCAGCUGCCGCUGCUCUUUUCGCUUGCCUUCGUUGUCUCACGGUGUUAACACUGUUCACAGUGCGAAGCUGCGUCGUCUUUUCCUUCACCAGGUCCGGAGGGCUACGAACAGGAUGUGCCAAGACCUUCUUCGAGCACGUUCAGAAACCGCUUGUCUGCACUGCUCAUCUCGCUCGCAUGUAGCUUCUCUUUGUUUUGCCUAUUUCGAACACAGUUGUGGGCAGUUUCGCACGUCGAUGCAGAAACCACAGAAGGCAUGGUGCUUCGCCCCACACAUGGCGUAUUACAACAGUAAGGUCACAAAUCGCCCCUGUGGAGGGGAGCUGCUAUGCUGCGCUCUUCGUGACCACCGAGUCUCGAGCUGCAGCGUCUCGGUUCAGCAGUUAAGUGAAUAAAUAAACAGGUCAUUCACAGUUGCUCGAUGAAGGAAAACAAUGGCACUAUAUGUUGACAGUCCAGGUGACGAACGGCCUUCUUUGUUUAUUCGUAUAUUUGUGCGUGUGCAUAUGUGAGCGUGUUUGUGUGACGCCAUAUGCGAAGCGUCACAAAGCGUGGACGUGUCGUUUCGUGCACGCUUCUCGCCAAAUAUUCCGAAGGAAUAUGUGAUAAUCCUGAGCUCUCUGUUAUGUCAUUUUUGUGUUUCACACUCCAAGUUAAAAAAAAAUGCCGAUAGGCCCAGCUGUGUCCCCAGGAAGUCGCUGUCGCGGUCUGUGCCAGGCGCCUGCAAUGUUUCAUGUGUGAUUUCACUUAUGCAGCCAUUCUUCCUGGGUUCCAAUUGUGUAGCAAAAUAAUCAUCAGCAACAGUUGUCGCGCAUUGUAUCAACUAAUUAUGCAAACAACGAUACGAUGUAUGUCCGGACAUUCCAUUUAAAAAAAAAAAGAUGCUCAAGAACCACGCAGAGCAUAACUGGUUCUUCUAUUUUCUACGUCAAUUAUGUGUGCUCAUGCAUUUUUCUUGUUAUUAAAUUUCGGACAUUGUUUUGUUG